AUGUCAUCUACAACAGCCCCUCCAGAUACACGAAUUCAACUGCUCUUAGACGAUGUGCUCGAGAUUCCAGAUGAGCAAUUCGCCGCUAUGUCUCCUGUUGCCGAGCUCACUGUCGGCGAGCUUCUCGCGUUCGAAUUUACCCGGCCUGACCUGACCGCAACGCUCACCGUAUCCGAAUUCGAGCCAACAUUUCAUCAGCAUCAGAUUCGCCCCAAUAGCACCACCCGCGCAUUAUUCAACAAAACUCACGAUCUUCGAGAAUUGUACGCCUCCGGCUAUCGAUCCAUCGAGGUUCGAUCCCCUUGCACGUCGAUAGUGGAACACAUGCCAAUCGGUUCCGAAGCAUUCUGGCAACAUCUGGACUCUGUCGAGCAGCUGAAGUCAACCAUCUCGGAUAACGUUGAUUGGCUAAGCAAUGUUGAGGUCAAUGACAAACGCGACGCCGCGUACAUCAAGCUGGCAAGCGCCUUGCUUGUUGCAUUUCGAACCCCUUCACUGCAAUUGAGAAAAGUUGCUCAUCACGUCGGCGUCUGCAUGCACCACAGUGCACUAUAUUUACACAAAGCCGUCACCAGCAAUGCCUCACUGCAGUGUUGAGAGCACCGAAUCCCUCGGACUCGUCUCCAACAUCGUGAUUCAGGAGCUCUUCCCUACGCAAGCCAGUUCCGGAGUCUUCACCAAUCGCAACAGCAGCGGCCAAGCUCGAAUCUUCUUCUUGAAUGGUCACCGGGUCGUCAGCUGCCUUGACACCUACAACUCGAGCAUGCAGACCGUUGAGCCCCCAGCUGGUUUUGGGUUCGACGGCCACACUUGGCGAGUCCUGGACCCACAGGCGCAAGCGCGAUAUUCCCAGCUGCAAAGCUUCAAAGGGGUCCUUGCAGCGUCCUUGGUCCCGAUUCGGAAGGGACUUGCGCAUGCUGGCGAGGAGAGGGGCAAUGCAGACGGAGGGAGCCGAGCCGAUAAGCGGUCGGUGACGUUGAGGUCGGAUCGAGACGGCCGCCUUACAACCUCCGCGUCGUCGGAGCGAUUUUUCGUAUUUCUGGCUGUUGGAGAGCGAUUUUGGGGCAAUUUCACGACAUUGAAUUUUUCAUGUUUUCGGAACUCUUCCAAGGUACGACUGAAAAUAGGUACAAAUCGACCCCUCAGACACCUCAUCCCGAUGUACAAAUCUGCCAAAAAUCGCCGUUUUUCGAGACGCACAUUGGGCUGAGCUUUCAAGCACAGUGCCCUCGGCCAUCGCUCUCCAUCGCCGGACAACACCGAGCCGUGAAAUCGGUCGAACUCCGUCAUUGCUCGUCUCGCGUCUGCCGCUUUCGCGCGGCGCCUCUGCAUUUGCUUUCCCUUCCCCCAUCCGUUCAAGACCCAUCAACUUGCUACCAUGGCACCCUCCCAUGCGCCUCUGUCCUUAGGUGGCUGGGUGACACUCAUCGUCCCGACGGCUGUCGUCUGGGCGCUGACACCGUUGAGCUGGGUGCUCGUCCCGUACCACCACUUGGUCUUAUCAAAAUCGCAGCGAGUCGCGUGGACGUCGAAAUACUGGUACCUCUUCCUGCUGUACCAUGCCUACUUGGACAUCCCCUUCUCGGUCUUCCUCUUCUGGCUCACCAAGAAGGCGCAACGGCCCAAGGAGCUCGUUCACCCCGGACCAGACGAGAUGCGACGGAUCUUUCUCGAGUGUCUUGAAGUUGGCGCCAAGCUCAAGGAGCGACAAGUCGGCGUCCGUAAGCCCCGCACAAUGAAGACUUCUCUGACAAAGGAAGAAGUCGAUGAGAUGGGCGCCGAGGUUAUGCGGCUCAAGUUCCGUCAGUGGUUCAGAGGCCGCCCUCCCCUAUCCGAAAUCUACCGCGCCAACGCGAUCGAGUGGAUUGCUUGGGCAGUGGCCAACGCUAGACCAGAAGACGUCGUAUCUGGAUCAGAUGCGGAUGUUUUGAUCAACGAAGGCAUCGAGUGGAUGCAACACCGAUUGCACCACGACUUCACCCCCGGGCGUAACCCAAAGGUCGAGUCGAUCCGGCUGACAAUGGAUUCGGUCCGAGCGGCGCAUCGACCCGUCGGCUACUACAUCGUCUGCAACUCGGUCACUCUGCUCACGUAUGCUUGGCUUCUCACCAAUGGAUGCCGCUACGAGCGAUACGGCGAAUGCGCGUACAUCACACGCGGCGCUCGACCGGACAAGCGCUCAAAAACUUCGGCCGGUCUUCCCAUUCUGUUUGUUCAUGGUCUUGGAAUCGGACUCGGGCAAUGUGAGUUGGUUCGCACCGUUGGCUAAGCUCUAGAUGCUUCUCCAACUCGGUCCUGAUCAAAACCAUUUCUUCAGAUCUUGAUUUCUUGCGCCGGUUCUUGGCACAGCCUCAGCCAAUCAUGAUUCUCAUUCAACCCAACAUUUCGACACAAAUCUUCCACCGUCACUUCCUUCACCCGCCGAGCAAGGAUGAGCACGUCGCCUCUUUCAAAGCCAUCUGCGCCGCCAAAGGCUACACCGAAUGCACUAUCCUCAGUCACAGCAAUGGCACAAUGGUUCAUGCGUGGCUGCUUCGAGGUGCCAAGGAGCUCUGUCGCCGCAACGUCCUCGCCGAUGCAGUCUCGUUCUGCCUCUGGCAAGGCGACGUGUGCUACUCGUUCCUACAUCAACCGUGGCGCGAGACGAUGGAGGUCUUGUUGGGCUACUUUGUCGCCCGCGAACUUGGUACCGCGCACACCAUCUGUCGCAACUUUAUCUGGUCCGACAUGCUGUUGAUGGAGCGCGACCUACCGCGAACCGACCCGGCCUCGCUGCAGAUCAUUCUCGCCGAGCGCGAUUUCCUCAUUGAUGCGGACGCGGUGGUGGCAUACUUGCACGAAUCUGGCAUUAGUGAUGAUUGUAUCACGUGCGUCAAGGGUGCGCAACACGGCGCCGCUCUUAUUGUGCACGAAGAAGGUAUGAGGAAGGUGUUGGCAUCGCUAUGA